AUGCCCUCGGCUGCCAUUGAUUCACUUUCCGGUUUCAAGGCUUUGAUUCAACCUGGAAAAUUUGGUGAUACGAAAGGGUUUUACGAAAGAUGCCGUGCAGAGGUGGCUGCGAUCAAGCUUUUCUUCCCUGAUGUUCAAUCAGAAGAUAUACAGGUUUGCAUGGCUGCAUGGCUAGCCGCCAAUUGUGCGGCGGAUGAUUUUCUCGAGAGCAUGCCACUGCUAUCUGGUAUCAAAGCCCUGAAGAAAACAAUUUUGAAAUUGCAAGGAGGAACUGAAGAUAUUUCUGCGGACAAUGGAUUCGCGAAGAUUCUUCUUUCCUUCCAAAGCUACUGCAGCCAACAUCUUGAUUUAUCAGACGACGUUUGUACGGAGCUCAGAAGUGACAUCCAAGACAUGUGCCAGGGCCUCCUGGAUGAAUUGCUCUUUCGUCAAGGAGUACUACCAAACACCUUGGAGACAUAUCUGCGCUUCCGUGGCAGAACCAUGGGUAUCCAUCCUUUCUUUACUCUCAUUCGCACCAUGCACAGCCCACCCUGCAGCAAAUAUCUGUCCGGUCUACGGGACUUGCAAACGCAAGUCAGCUUGGUGCUAGGACUGCAGAAUGAUCUUGUUGGGCUGGAAAAAGAUCGUCGAAAGGGCGAGACCAUGAAUGCCGUGCUCGUCUCACUGAAUGAGCAAGUAGGAAUUGAUGUUGAAAGCAAGGAUAAUAUUCUGCCGAUCAUUAUACAAGAUGUGUGUGGGAUCCACAAUCGGUGCGUGGCAGCUGCUGUGGAGAUGUAUCACGGCCUGGCUGGAUUGGAUUGCGAAGAGCAAGAUCCUGUUCUUGAGACCGAGAUCCUGGCGUUUGCAGACACCCACUUGAAGUGGUGUGCAUCAUCUAAGAGAUAUCAGGCCAAAGUGCAGUGA